UCCUGCGAGCGCGAAAGCCAAUGCAAGGAAAUAUGGUCGUGGCUGAGGCGUCGAGUCCAACACUGCACAACACGGGCCACCUGUGCGUUGUCAAAUUCUGGUUCAACUACCAGGCUCCAAAUGAUACACACCAGUUCCUCAUGGAGCUGCACGUUAACGGGUUUCAAAUCGUGGCCUGGGAUUCUUGGGAACUUGCUGAAAACCUAAGACAAGGGGAAUGGAACGAAGGCCAGUUUCUGCUGGGACGCUACCGCUCUUCAGUGCAGAUACUCCUGCGAGGCUAUGACUCUCCAAGUGACGACAGCUACACUGCCAUCGACGACAUAUCUUUCCAAAGCUGUGGCAUGCCAGUGCCGAUGCCACAACCAAAUCCAGGAAUGUUCACCUGCAAGAACAAGGUUGCGGUGGUAAUGGAACAUCGCUGCGACUACAUUGACCACUGCGGUGACUUAAGCGAUGAAGAUGGUUGCGAUGACUACAAAUUUAGGUGCAACUUCGAUUCGUCAUUCUGCGACUGGACUCCCCUGGAGGCAAGCCAAGGCGGUGGUUGGACAAGAGUAAAACCUUUCCAGUACUUGACUCGCGGACCAACGCGAGACCACACAAGUGGAGGAAAAGAUGGUAACGUUACAUCAUCUGCACGUCGUGCGAUUUCCCCACAGUAG